CUAGACAUGCUCUCUCUCUCUCUCUCUCCUUUCUCUCUCUAAAGCUCACCUCCCAUGGCAACCCUAGCCCCAACCCACAACUUCUUGGGAGGCCUCUUUGAAUCAAAAUGAAUCAUCAAAGCCCACUCUUGCCACUUCCUCGCCCUCACAAUCCUCUUCCUCUUCCCCAUCUCUUUCUCUAUCAUCAUCUACCCAACUUUCCAAACUACUCUCUCUCAAUCCCAACCCAAACAAAUCCGAAUGCUCCCCUCCCACCCAACCCAAAUCUCUGAUUACUCUCUCCACACCCUAGCUCUCCCCCUCAUCUUCAUCCUCUUUGUCUCCCUAUUCUCUCUCUACGCAAUAAGCACAAUCACCCACAUCACUUACCACGACUUGUACGGUAGACCUGUCAAAUUCGCCUCCGCCAUCAUAUCCCUAUUCUAUUCCUUCAUCCCCCUCGCCAUCACAACAGUCGUCCCUUAAAUCGUCGUCUCUGUAGUUUUUGCCUCUUUUGUGAUUUUGGUGCCCAACUGGUUGAGAUUCUAAGGUUUGAUGUUGAUUACAAUUCGAAUUAUUUUCUGGAUUUUUGUGUUGUGGUUUCAGUGAUUUUGUUACUGGUCUUAGUUCGUUUGCAAGUGAAUUGGGCAUUGGCGUGUGUGAUUGUCGUGGUGGAAUCGAAAUGCGGGCUCGAGCCGUUGUGGCGGAGCACGUAUUUGAUGAAGGGGAUGAAACUAGUUUCGUUGUAUUUAAUGCUAUUUUUUGGGGCUGUGAUUAGGGUUGUGUAGGCUUGCUUGGGGACUUUCUUAGGCGGUUUCAGUGAUGUGUGGAAGUGCUCAUCUUUUGUUCUUCAGAUUGUGAUGGGUUCGAGUAUUGUGGCUAUGUUUUUGCUUCAGAAUUUGGCUUCUUUGUGUUGUAUUGUAUAUGUAUUGCAAGGCUUUGCAUGGUGAACUGGCUGGGGAUAUUGCUGUAGUAGGUAGACUUUUUGGUAUUUCAAUCAUAUCUGUGAUAAGAGUUGGCCUUCUACUUGCUCCGGGUGGAGAGUUUGCAUUCGUGGCUUUUGGUGAAGCUGUUAAUCAGGGUAUAAUGUCUUGUCAGAUGUCAUCUUUGCUGUUUCUUGUGGUAGGGGUAUCAAUGGCCCUCAGCCCAUGGUUAGCUGCUGGAGGCCAGUUACUAGCCUCUCGUUUUGAGCUGCAUGAUGUGUGGAGUUUGUUACCUGUAGAGAGUGAGAUCAUUGCGCAGCUUCUUUCAGAACGACUUAUUCCAUUUGUUGCUCUUGAUGUGAGGAGGUAUGCUUCCAUCACAAUGAAUUGAUAUUCCUGGAAUAAAGUCAAUUUUGGGGCUGAGAGAGAGAAGGGAUUGCUGAUUGAAUGUUUUGCUGAAAAUCUUAGUCAUAUGAGUGUGGGCUGUUGACUGAGUAGCAGUUGGCCGUGCACUUGAUCUUCCCCUGUAUUUUGGUGAUGCUGGUAGUCGAGAGGUGCUCCAUAAAGUUUGCUGCUGAAAGAGCAUGUACAGCAGCAAUAACUUUAGAUAACCCUGGUGCAAACUAUAGAACCGUGUGGGCUUUGAGCAAGUAUUUCCCUAAUGUCAAGACAUUUGUCCGUGCUCAUGACGUUGAUCAUGGCCUCAAUUUGGAAAAGGCGGGAGCAACAGCGGUCGUCCCCGAGACCUUGGAACCUAGUCUCCAACUAGCUGCUGCUGUUCUUGCACAGGCUAAACUGCCCAUGUCAGAAAUAAAAGCUACUAUCAAUGAGUUUAGGUCCCGCCAUCUUUUUGAGCUUGCCAAGCUCUUUGAAGCAAGUGGAAGCUCUCUCGGUUAUGGAUACUCUCGAAUUGUGAGUAAACCCAAAUCUCAACCCUUUGAUUCUUCAGAUGAUAAUCAAAUCACUAAAGGAACACUGGUAAUAUAGCCCAUCACCCAAAUAUAAGAACUAACAUAAUAAUAUUAAAAACCAGGUCACAAAGAAUUGUACAGCAGUUUACUUGAACCCUUUGGUAUAAAUUGUACAGAAAUAUAGCAAAAUUAGUGGCAAUAGCAGACACAUUUGUUGAUCAGUCACAUGGACAUCUUUGUUUUGAUAAUGCCCCUUUCAUGCGACUGUUCUUUUUCUUUCUUCAAUUGUAUUACCAUAUGAUAAAUUUUGGUAGGCCCUCGUAAAAUUGUCUAAAAGGACUUUCUUAUCUCAUUAAUCACAUUGCAUUCCA